ACCAGUCUGGUUUCAAAAGCAGAGUUUCUGAUCCUGUGAUAACUCGGGGCCAGCCCCCAGAAGCUGCACCACCUCAAAGGUCUUUGCCCGGCUUCCUGCCCACCCAACCCAGGCCUGUCUCUAGCGCCUGCUGUCCAGGCUACUUCCUGCCUCUCUCCUGGAACCCUGGACCCCUUCCUGGACAAGGCCAGAGACAGAGAUCCUCACCAACACUUACACUUUUCUGAUCCUUUAGAAUUUUUCAUACCUCCUCGUCCUACCCCUUAAUUCCAAUCUACCACCUUGGCAUCUGAUUGGCAGGUCUACGAUGAUUGACACAGCCAUCUUCCAAUGAAUUAACUCUCUCUCCAGAACCCUCCCUGCAGGGCUUCUGGAUAAGGUUGGGUUUCAUAGGUUGUUGACUGCACACAGGCGCUGAGCAGGGAGGUGGGCUAGCGCCAGCCCUUGCCAAGCUGCACACCCUCAGCAUCACGUCCUUCCAGAGGGGACUCUUAUUUCGAAUUUGUCCAGAGGGGCACUUUCUUUACUUUGCACAAAGGCACUCUAAAGACUAGCAAUGGGCUGCAGUCAAGGAGCCGGUAUGCCUUCUCUCGAUUGCUCGGCGAUGCAAUGACGCCAUCGCCCUGCACCACCCCACAUGCUCUCAUGGAUAUUGCUUUCUGUCUGCUAGGAUCAAUGAACUCUCCUAUCUCUUUUUGCAGAACUACGGUGUUCUCAUGCCAAAACAUGGGCUCAGCCAUCCAUCCCCUCUCCUGAGAACAAGCCUACAGAAUCCUCCACGUUUGUCCCCAGUGUUCACUAACCUCUGACCUCCUGCCUGAGGGGCAUGUGUUUGUUGGGGAUAGUGGAGUCGGUGGCAAGAAAAUGCCAGAGGGAGGUCACCAUGGGGACAGCCGCCCUGGGUCCCCUCUGGGCAAUGCUCCUGCUCUUUCUCCUGAUGUGUGAGGUCCCUAAGGUGGAGCUCACCUUUGACAGAGCUGUGGCCAGCAGCUGCCAACGGUGCUGUGACUCUGAGGACCCCCUGGAUCCUGCCCAUGUGUCCUCAGCCUCUUCCUCCGGCCUCCCGCACGCCCUGCCUGAGAUCAGACCCUACAUUAACAUCACCAUCCUGAAGGGUGACAAAGGGGACCCAGGCGCGAUGGGCCUGCCAGGGUACAUGGGCAGGGAGGGUCCCCAAGGGAAGCCUGGCCCGCAGGGCAGCAAGGGCGACAAGGGGGAGAUGGGCAGCCCCGGCGCCCCGUGCCAGAAGCGCUUCUUCGCCUUCUCAGUGGGCCGCAAGACGGCCCUGCACAGCGGCGAGGACUUCCAGACGCUGCUCUUCGAAAGGGUCUUUGUGAACCUCGAUGGGUGCUUUGACAUGGCGGCCGGCCACUUUGCUGCUCCCCUGCGCGGCAUCUACUUCUUCAGCCUCAAUGUGCACAGCUGGAACUACAAGGAGACGUACGUGCACAUCAUGCACAACCAGAAGGAGGCCGUCAUCCUGUACGCACAGCCCAGCGAGCGCAGCAUCAUGCAGAGCCAGAGCGUGAUGCUGGACCUGGCCUACGGGGACCGCGUCUGGGUGCGGCUUUUCAAGCGCCAGCGCGAGAACGCCAUCUACAGCAACGACUUCGACACCUACAUCACCUUCAGUGGCCACCUCAUCAAGGCUGAGGACGACUGAGGCCCUCUGGGCCAUCCUCCCGGCCGGAGAGCCCAGGUGCUAGUCCCAUCCCCUGCAGGGCUCAGUUUGCAUCGCUGUGAAGCAGGAAGGCCAGGGAGGUCCCCUGGGACCUGGCAUUCUGGGGAGACCCUGCUUCUUUCUUGGCUGCCAUCGUCCCUCCCAGCCUAUUUCUGCUCCUCUUUUCUCUCUUGAACCUAUUUUAAGAAACUUUCUAACCUAAAUAUUCUAGAACUUUCCCAGCCUUGUAGCCCAGCACUUCUCAAACUUGGAUAUGCACACAAAUUACCCAGGGUUCGUGUUAAAUGCAGAUUCUGACUCAGGUCUGAGUGGGUCCAGGAUUCUGUGUUUUUAACACGUUCCUGGGUGAUGCUGAUGGGGUCGGUCUAUGAACCACACUGGAGCAACCAGGUUCUAGAACUUUCUCAAUAUUCUAGUACUUUCUGAACAUUCUGGAAUCUACACAUUCUAGAAUUCUCCCAUUUUUUUUUUUUUUUUUUUUUGAGACAGAGUCUCGCUCUGUUGCCCAGGCUAGAGUGCAGUUGUAUGAUCUCAGUUCACUGCAACCUCUGCCUCCCAGGUUCAAGCGAUUCUUCUUCCUCAGCCUCCCUAGUAGCUGGGAUUACAGGCACCCACUACCACGCCCGGCUAAUUUUUGUAUUUUUAGUAGAGAUGGGUUUUACCAUAUUGGUCAGGCUGGUCUUGAACUCCUGACCUCAGGUGAUCCACCUGCCUCGGCUUCCCCAAAUGCUGGGAUUACAGGUGUGAGCCUCCGCGCCUGGCCUCUUCCAACAUUCUUAAAUUCUCUCAUCCCUCCAGGGCUCCCGGUGCUAUGUUCUCUUUGCCCCUUCCCCCUCUUUUCUUGCUCAGGCCUGCACCACUGCAGUCACUGUUCAUUUAUUCAUUCAUUAAACGCUGAGCACUCGCUGUGCCAGGUCCCAGGAAGGGUGAGGGAGUCAGACACAGGCCCUGCCCCUGCCCUCAGUGACCAGCCAGUCCAGCCCAGGUGGGGAGAGAUGUGUACACAGGUUUUAAAGCAGACCCAGAGCUCAUGGGGCCCUGUGUUCUGGGUGUUCAGGUGCUGCUGGUCUUCCACUACCCACCACUCCCCAAGGCUGGUGGGACGGGGUCCCAGUGGCAGGGGCGGGUAUCCCCUUUCUGUUCCUCAUCCACCUGCCCAAUGCCUAUCGUUAAAACAAACCCCAGGGGACCUUGGACAGGUCAAGGGUUCUGUGAGGAGAAGACCCAGGAGUAUGGGGGCAUUUGUGGGAUGAAGGGGUCCCUGAGGAAUGGAGCCCACACCCAUAGCUCUCCCCACAGCUGAUACAGCAGCCUGCGAAAACUGCCCUCUGCACUGGGAUCCCCUUCCUGCCUCCUCCCAGGGCUCUGCCAGGGCCUUGCUCAAACCCCCACACCAAAGGCAUCUGAAACUCAGUUUUCCCAGGGCCUCCCGCUGCCCUCAGACACUGAUGUCUGUCCCCAGGUGCUCUCUGCCCCUCACUGGCCCAGUGCCCCGAUUCUCCAGGCUUUAUCAAGGUGCUAAGGCCCCGGUGGGCAGCUCCUCAUCUCAGAGCCCUCCUCCGGCCUGGUGCUGCCUUUACAAACAACUGUGGGAGAAGGGCCAGGGCGGAAGCCCCAGGCUUUAGAGCCCUCAGCAGGUCUGGGGAGCUGAAGCAGGCAAUUUUCUAGUCACUGUGAGAGGCGGAGCCAAAGGAAGGACCUUGGGCCUUCGAUUUCUUCUCCCGGGGUGGGGUGGCCUGGUGGCCCCCUAGCCUUCCAAACCCAGGUGGCCUGCCCUUCUCCCCAGAGGGAGGCGGCCUCCGCCCAUUGGUGCUCAUGCAGACUCUGGGGCCGAGGUGCCCAGAGUGAUCUCUGGUGCUUACAGCCGAGGGAGCCAUGGCUCCAUGGCCAGAUGACGGAAACAGGGUCUGACCAAGUGCCAGGAAGACCUGUGCUAUAAACCACCCUGCCUGACCCCGCCCCAGCCUGACCCCGCCCCGCCCUGCCAUCCAGCAUGAUUAAAGAAUGCUGUCUCCUCUUGGC